CGAAUCAUUAAUUGAAUGCGCCCAUCGAACUUACAGUCAAGGCAAACGGCAGGCACACUUCUGUAGUUGCCUAUCAUGUCGAGAACCAUCAGAACCGUUUGAAACUCCAUCUCGAUCGCCUUUUUAUCCAUGAGAAUCUGCACAUCGUCCACGCUGUUUCGUGGUUUCCGACAAAUGCGAUUGGUAUCAUCUCCUCUAUCACAAUAGUGGCCGUCCUUUAUCUUCUCAACACUCUCCCCCGCGAGCUCCAAGAUGAGCAGUCUCAUCGCCGCCUCCGGCUACAAAUUCAGCAAGGCCGAUAGAAAGUUGGGCAAGAAAAAGCUGAAAUCACAGAAGCAGGUCAAGAAGGACAGUGAGACGAAUGGCAUUAAAAAUGGCUCUUCUCAAGCCCCUUCGCCGGUCAUGCCCAAGUUCGACGAAGAAACCAUGGCCAACUUUCCCAGCGGCAAACCAGAGCCUCUCGACACGCUGGUUUGUAAGCAUUGCAAGAAAGCGAUCUUAAAGCGUACGGCCAAGGGACAUGUCGCUUUAUGUCUCAAGACCAAACAAGAGAAGGCGCGCAAGAAGAAAGAGGCACGCGAGGCAGCGCAGAGAGCCAAAGAACGAGCCGAAAGAGCUGACGAUGAUGAUGACGACGACGACGAGUCGAAAGCCGGCGAUCGCAAGGCGAACGCAGAAGACGAUAAAAAGGGUAAAAAGCGGAAAGCCGACGGUGAUGAUGACAAGGAGCCGAAAAAGAAGAAAACCAAAAAAGAAGAGGCCAAGGCCAAGGCACCCAAGCCUAAAGGCCCUGUGGAUGUUGAGAAGCAGUGCGGUGUUAUUUUGCCAAACGGUGCUCAGUGCGCGAGAAGUCUGACUUGCAAAUCGCAUAGUAUGGGUGCUAAGCGGGCGGUUCCGGGCAGGAGCCUGCCUUAUGAUAUGUUGCUGGCGGCGUAUCAGAAGAAGAAUCAAGCACGACAGCAGAAAGCAGCAAUUGACGCGAAUGCACCGGCUCUCCUGGACGACGAUAUUGAUCCGGCACUGGCUGGCCCAGUCGAUUCUGACGAGGAAAAAGAUGCGGUCAUGUCAGCAAUAGCAAGGAGUCUGGCAAAUCCUCAACCACUGGUUACGCACUCUUUAAUACCACGAAGGCGGCAAUACCAAAUGGUUCGAUUCCGAGAGCAACUUUCCAAUGCGAUGAGCGGGAAUAGAGGCGCAGGCUUAUUCAGUGUGCCAGCCGAAGCUGCCAGGAUCACGAUCCCGGGAUCUGCAACAAAUGAGUCCUUUCCACAAUCAAUGAGUGCUUCAUCUGCACCGACUGGAGUCGGUAUGGCUCAACCGGGUCUGCGAACGCCUCGGAAGGCCUCCAUCGAUGUAUCAUGAACAGUCUUUUGACGCAAAGGAGAAGCUUACAGAGGAUCAUUGAUGAUCAAGGCAGAAACGGUCUACAGCGGUCAUGACUAAGUGGUGAUGGCAAUGUCCAGGGUGAUUCUUCAACCAAAGACCGUCCCAGACAUCACCAGCACAUUGUACAAUUCCUAAGUAUGAGAUUCGAUGAGGGCGUUCACUCAGACGUCAAUCAUCCUGAUCACCGAGAAGGACAUGACCGGAUUGAGGGACCUAUUCCAAACGCCAAUCAAGACUCAUGGGUGUAACAGAAGCACUUUCUGCUCACCCCAUCCCCCAACAGGAUAUUCUCUCGUUGGCCUUUGGCGCUCACGGUGAGAGCGACAUGAUACUCCUUUUAGAUAUCAGGAGUACUUGGGUGGAAUUCCAACCAUUUUUGUAUAUGGACGUUCCCAUCUGAAGGGAAAGCCAUACUGCUACACUAUCCGAUAUCGUUCAGGCGAAGCCUAGGUAUAUUCCUUGAAGCAAAGGCUAGCAUUUGUUCCACCAAAGCCAAAACUAUUGGUGAGGGCAACUUGAACAUUGGCCUGUUGUGCGGUAUUGGCAACAUAGUUGCAAUUGAAGCCUUUGUCGGGCGAGACGAGAUUUAUCGUCGGAGGGAUGACCUUCUGAGAAUAAAUGUGUCUGUUAAAAUGGCAAUGCCCCAAUGUACAACUCGUAGUUUCAAGUGUGAAUGAAUGAUCAAGGGGGGGUUUGAC